GGACUAGCAGCUCGUGAAACAGCGCUUGAAAUACUUGCCGGUAAAGACCACACUAAGCACAAUUUACAGGAAUAGAUAUUCAAUGUUUUGAUUUCACAACCGAUUUGUUUAUUGAGAUCAUAUAUACUAAUGCACGAAUAAUGUUUAAUUUUAAUGGUAUUUACAAAUAGUCCAAAUAGUGAAGAUACAACCUGCGUUAUGGACGUUAAACUGUUCUGUGUGAUUCUCAUUGUACAUGCGGUUCAGUUAUGUGGUGGGGCUGUAGACAGCUGUGCUGAUGAUCUAGCAGAGUGCCCUGAGCUAGCGGCUAAUCACGAAUGUUAUUUUCGAUCCAACGAAACAAUGUGUGCCUGUCACAAAUCCUGUAUUUCUUCAGAUAUGUGUACAGAAAAACAGCCACAUCUACCACAGUUUGAAGACAAAAGAUGUGAUUGUCUGGAGUAUGUAAAUGAAUGUCGUUAUUGUGAUACCCCAGAACCAGGUUGUCCUCUACCCACCUGGGCAUCAGAAUGUAACAGAACAUGUCAUAUGUGGGCAUUUACCGCAUGUCUAACAAAUGUUAGCGAUGUUAAAUCCAGAGUUGUGACGUCAGGCACUUAUCAUUAUUUCGGAUAUAAACAAAUCAUAGAACGGAAAUGUAAAAAUGGUUAUAUGCAAACUGCUGGCUCACGUGGGUUACAGGUAUGUGGCCCAAACGGUGAUCUGUUAACUCAUACUCAGUACGGAGAUUUACCCAUUUGCGAAACUACAAACUGUGGCCCACCUCCAAAGAUCCUAUAUGCUUCGCCCAAUAGUACCGCUGAAGGCGGGUACCUAGAUGUCGUGUCCUACACCUGUCAACCAGAAACCACCCUGAUUUCCGGAGAUGUUGGAACCCAUACGUGUCAUACUGACGGCUCCUGGCGACUUGAAUCUGGAUCUGUUGCACCUUACUGUAAAGCAAACGCCGCCUAUUUUGAAGCAUUACCAACCUAUGGGCCGGUACCAAACAAGACACUGACAACAGUAAAGGGACAUAACUUGUUUUAUUGCGGUGUUCAGUGUCUACAGUCAUAUUAUUGUGUUGGUUAUACGUUUGACAAAUCAAACCAAGAAUGUCUGCUGAACGAGAGUGGUGAAAAGUCAACAAACACGAAAUAUUCCAUAAUAAAACCAUAUUAGACGACUUCAUCGGAAACGCUAGCAGGGUAUCUAGGCCGUGUUUCUCAGACACUUGUUUAAAAACCAUAUUAAACAACUUCACUGGAAACUCUGCCAGAGUCUCUAGGCUAUCGGUGUUUCUCGGACUCGUUUAGUAUUAUUUGACAGACUUCAUCGGAAUCAAGAUUCUUAAGCCCUUGGCGUUCCCCGGACUCUGCCAGCGUCUCCAUGGCAUUGGUGUUUUAUUUGUCAGACUUGUAUGGAAUAAACAUCCACUUCUGUUUUUUUAUUUUACAUUUAGUUUUGAAAUGAUGAAUUUGGACCAUAAACUGGUCCCAAAGCGCUAGACAUCUUGUGGUUCGUCUUGGGAGCCUAAGCCUCCGCUAAUUCAAGACCGAUCGACAUUCAACUU